AUGCAGCCAUGGACUGGCGGUAGUCGUUCCCUCUGUGCUUUGCGACCCUUGACUCGUUUCGCUGUACGACCUUUCACCACAACCUCGGUCUUUCACCGAUCGAGAAAGUUCAAACCCGGUAUCUCGGACAAAAAGCCCGACACAAAAAAAGGCAAAUCACUUGUGGGAGCUUCAGUCUCGAGGUCUAUUCGACAGGAUAUUGCAGCCGCACGAGAUUUCAAUGACUUGGUGGAAGCAACCCUGCGCGAUGUACACAGCAAGUUGAGUAAAUCAGGCGACUCGCUAGAAGGAUGGACUCAAUUCGAACGUCAAAUCAAAAACGCCUGCAAAUCAGAUGAUAAGAAGACAUCUAUACAAUGGGGACCCCUUCGGCAAAUCAAGGUAGCGCUGCAAAAGGCCUACCUCGCCUCCGGACUUCAGGGGUUGCGGGAGGAGGUAGAAUACAUGCAGUAUUCGGAAAGCCUCACUGCCAGGUUUUCAGCGCCCAUUCUGGAAGCACAGGAAGAAGUAGCCGACCUUCGAUGGCCAGCCGAGUGGUAUCCGCGCGCACGAUCGAUGCAGCGAACAAUCCAUCUCCAUGUCGGGCCGACGAAUUCCGGAAAGACCUAUCAUGCGCUACAGCGGCUGGCGAAAAGUAAGAAUGGGUUCUAUGCAGGUCCGUUGAGAUUGCUCGCGCAAGAAGUAUAUCAUCGUUUCAAGGCAGACGGGGUUCCAUGCAGUCUCGUCACCGGUGACGAUGUCAAGUUCCCCGAGAAUGAUGAAGUGCCGCGUAUUACCAGCAAUACUGUGGAAAUGGUCAGCCUGGGCCAGGAAUACGAUGUUGGUGUGAUUGAUGAGAUCCAAAUGAUUGCUAACUCAUCAAGAGGAUGGGCAUGGACUCGAGCUUUCCUUGGUGCUCAGGCAGCAGAGCUGCACCUGUGCGGUGAAACCCGCUCCAUCCCAUUGAUUCGAGAGCUAUGUGCACUUACGGGAGAUAAUUUGGAGGUUCACCGCUACGAACGUCUGAACGGCCUAGAAGUGAUGCCGCACAGUUUAAAGGGUAAUCUCAAUAGCCUUGAAAAAGGUGACUGUAUAGUCGUCUUCUCCCGGAAAGGUAUACACGCUAUGAAGGCAGACAUUGAGAAGACCACCGGAAGACGCGCAGCCAUCGUUUACGGUGGUCUGCCAGCAGAGAUUCGGACCCAACAGGCGAAUCUAUUCAAUGACCCAGAAAAUGACUAUGACUACCUUGUGGCAAGUGACGCGAUUGGCAUGGGUCUUAAUCUGAGCUGCAAGCGUGUUAUUUUUGACACCCUCGUCAAGCGUGUCCCGACUGGACUUCAACGGCUUACUGUUCCUGAGAUCAAACAAAUUGGUGGGCGUGCUGGUCGAUAUCGUCCAGCCAACGUCACGGAAAGCACAAGCGAGGAGCCUAACGUGGGCCUGAUCUCCUGUCUCGAAGAGGUUGACCUUCCGUAUAUUCAGCAGGCUAUGAAGUUGGAGCCUCCACCGCUGAGUGCGGCGGGAAUCUUCCCUCCAGAAUCUGUUUUCCGGAAAUUCGCCGCCUAUUUCCCACCAGGUGUACCUUUCGAAUAUCUGAUCAAGCGGGUCCUAGAAAUUGCCAAGGUCAACCCUUUGUUCUUCCUGUGUGACCCUACCGGUCAGUUGGGGAACGCCGAAAUUAUCGACACUGUGAAAGGACUGCCAUUUGAGGACCAGUUGAAGUUCAUGGUUUCUCCAAUGGACCGUCAAACUGCAAGCGCGCGUGAUGUUACUGGUGCUAUGGCAGACUGUGUAGCCGAACACCAUGAAGGGCGACUGUUGGAUAUUGCCAACCUCAACCUGGAAGUCAUCGAGCAGCCCGUGUCUGGCAGCAACGACUAUUUACAUGAUCUGGAGAGCCUUCAUAAGGCAGUUAUCUUGUACCUGUGGCUCAGUUUCCGAUUCGGUGGUGUCUUCACUGACAGAACUCUGGCAAGUCAUGUCAAGGAACUUGUUGAAGAGCGGAUGGUUCGGGCAUUGACUGAAUUCUCCGCCAACAAGAGACUGCGGAAGGGUGCUUCACUGAAGCGCCAGAUUGCGCUACAGAAACAGUUGUUGGAGCAGGAACGUAUGGGAGUUGCCGCAGACUGGAUGCAACCUUCUGGUGAAGGAGGUGAGAUGGAAAUGAGUCUGCCCGAAGAAGUUGCUUCGGAGGUAGCGGAGGCUGCAGAGGGUGAAUCGUCUGACGCCGAACUCUCAUUAUUUGAGCCAUCACCGGAGGCAGAGAGCGAGGAAGAGGGCUCAUCCCCUGACUUGGAGUCUGAACCAACGGAGUCAUACUAUGAUACAGAAGUCCCCAGACAGUGA